AAACUCGGGAAAAACUGGAGUGUUGGCAGGUAUGACUUAACUAAAGGCCCACUUACUCAUUUUCCAAGCUUUCAACCGCAUUUCCCCGGCAGAUUGAGUUUGCCAUGGAGAUAGCUUACAAGAUAGCUUAUCACUUGUUUACUAACUUUGAAACACGUUGUGCUUUAAUUUUGAAGUCGGAUUUGUUCAACUUCCGGUGCUCACGUCUCGCUCUGUGCGGCUUGACACUGUACAGAGUAUAGAGUGUAUGGACGCUGGUCUGUAGCCUCUUAUAGACAGAGCGUGCCGUGCAGUGCCGAGCCGAGCCAAGUCUAGCAGGCUGGAGCAGCGGAGCGGGGGGAGGACACCGAGCAGCACACACAUUCAAUCUGUCCCCGAGCAGCGGGAGAUGUUCAGCGGCACUCAGGUCGCCAUGUCGGGGUCGUUCUGUAAAAGUUUGUACCCGUUCAGCGGGGAGCAGCACCGACAGGGACUGAGCUUCCAGGCCGGGGACAUUAUCAGGGUGGUCCAGGCUCUGCCCGGAGGCUGGUGGGAGGGAGAGAGGGAUGGAGUCCGGGGAUGGUUCCCCUCCAGCUACGUGCACGUCCUGGAGAGGACAGCAUCUCUGAGUCAGCUCCCUGUCGAGGACCUCCGAGACCCCCUGCCUCCUCAAUGGAGAUGCUACAUGUCUCCACAAGGGCGUCAAUACUACGUCAACACCACAAGCAACGAGACUACAUGGGAGAGGCCGUCCAGUGCACCUGGGACCCCCAAGACCUCUCUUCGACACAAGAACUCCCUGCCGACAGUGAAUGGAUUUCACUCAGGUGGUAGUCCCUUGCAUCAUGUGGAACAUUCACACAGCAGUCUGGUUAGGAAGAGCAGUACAGAGCCACAGAGCCCGGGAUCAACGUCACCCAGGAAACACAACAAGGAGACCACAGUCACGAUUAACUGUGUGACGUUCCCAACUCCUGCAUGCAUGCCGGAGCAACAGCUGCUGAAACCAAACGAAUGGAGCUACUGUGACUUCUUCUGGACCGAUAAGAAGGAUCCCCAGGGCAACGGCUGCGUCACAGGAUUUGAGGUUUUGCUGCAGAAACAGCUGAAGGGGAAACAAAUGCAGAAGGAGAUGGCAGAGUUCAUACGAGAAAGGAUAAAGAUAGAAGAGGAGUACGCCAAGAACCUCUCCAAGCUCUCCCAGAACCCUCUGGCGAGCCAGGAAGAAGGGACUCUGGGGGAGGCCUGGGCCCAGUUGAAGAAGAGUCUGGCAGACGAAGCUGAGGUUCACCUAAAGUUCUCCUCAAAGCUCCAGAGUGAAGUGGAAAAGCCUUUCCUGGCCUUCAGGGAGAACUUUAAGAAGGACAUGAAGAGGUUCGACCAUCACAUCGCUGACCUGAGGAAGCAGCUGGUUGGUCGCUAUGCAGCGGUGGAGAAGGCCCGUAAAGCUCUGGCUGACAGACAGAAAGAGCUGGAGGUCAAGACUCAGCAGCUGGAGAUCAAACUCAGCAACAAGAUCGAAGAAGACAUCAAGAAGGCCCGCCGAAAAUCCACACAAGCAGGAGACGAGCUGAUGCGCUGUGUCGACCUUUAUAACCAGUCUCAGUCCAAAUGGUUUGAGGAGAUGGUCACUACGAGUCUGGAGCUGGAGCGGCUGGAGGUGGAGCGGGUAGAGAUGAUCAGACAGCAUCUGUGUCAGUACACCACCCUCCGACAUGAGACAGACAUGUUCAACCAAAGUACAAUGGAGCCGGUGGACCAGCUGCUGCAAGGGGUGGACCCGGCCAGAGACAGAGAGCUGUGGGUGCGGGAGAAUCAGACCGGAGAGAUCAGGCCAGUGGACAUAGAGAUCUGACCUCAGUGCUGUGCUUAUGCUCACACUCAGGAACACUGAGCCCAAGGCUGCAUGGCUCAGGACUGACUCCUAGCAGACCGAGGGAGGAUCAGUCAGCGCUCAUUGGCUCUUCACCCCCCGACAACAACCUGCUGAGGAUGUUGUCAGUAUUUGGGGAAUAUUGUGAGAAACCUAAGCAAUUAAUGAAGAUGUCAGACAGUGACAGGUCGUAGUUUUCUGUUAUGCAAGCUGAUGGCCAGCUGAGACGGCACAGGGAAAUGGGAUCAAAGAGUGUGAAUGGUAAGGCAAAAGGUGAGGCAAAUGAUCAAGAAGCACCAACAUGAACAUUUAACACCUGUAAAUGUUUAAUAGCUUUGUGUAAAACAGCAGUGUAAUGCAGCAGUUUGCUGGUGCUUUUGCUCUGUGAGGUAAUUCUCUGAUUCACUUCUGCAAGUUGUUGGCAAAAAUGAUUGAACAGAUGUUGCUAAACUAAAUGCAGUCUGACCUAAGAGUGAUAUAACCGUGUCCCAGAAUAAGAAUAAGGUUAUUUAAAUACUGCUAUCCCUAUAUAUAGUGUGCAGGUAUUGAUUGUUUGCUAAGCCUCGCCCACCCUUGUUACAGCGCGUUCACAAAGAGGAGUUCACACCGCUUUAAUCGCCGGAGUUUGGUCGUAUUGAUCAUUUGUGUUUCUUCGCAUUACCUGUAGAGAUGCAGGCACCAACAAUGUUUUUUCUGUCAUUAAUAUGGCCGAAUAACCCCUGUGGCUGCUUUUUUCCUGCUGUGGAAGUCCCAGGUUCGUCAGAAAUUCAAACGGCGUCAUGUCUGGAUAACAAAUUUCAUCUGGAAGAGCAAAAAGCACAGUCAUUUUUCAAGGAAGUAAAUGUUUGGUCUGGAUGACUGCCAAUUGCAACGCUACCUGAGGUUCAGAUUUAGCUGUUUUUUAAGU